AUGGAUUCCAGAGAAAUUGAAUCGAUUUCCAAAAGGAUUGCAACCUUAUGGGGAGAGGCUCUCAAGAAACGCAGACUGGUGUUCUCUGGCUUAGAAAAAUCUGGCCAGUCAAAUGAUUUGAAUGUUGCCAGCCAAUCGGGAUCUAGCACUGGUACAACGAACCCUUUUCUUAAUGUCCUUUGGCGCAGAAGUCAACAAUCUCUUGUCUACAAUGAUUCAGAGAUUAUGGAACUUGCUUUGGAGUAUAUUCCGCUGCAGACUCUUUAUGAAAAGGCUGAAGAGGCCGCAGAAGAAAUUGAAGAUACUACAGUUGACGAUGAGCUUGUACGCAGUAUGAUGCAUUGGUUCAAAACGGAGUUCUUUUCGUGGGUUGACCAACCUCCUUGCGACCACUGUCACGGAAGUACUGUAGGGAGUGGGACUGACACACCCAAUAGAAAAGAAAGAAAUGAUGGUGCUAAUGUAGUCGAGCUUUACAAAUGUCAAAACUGUCGGAGAACUACUCGAUUUCCUCGUUAUACGAGUAUUCCAAAGCUACUAGAAACAAGAAGAGGUCGUUGUGGAGAAUGGGCUGAUUGCUUUACACUCUGUUGUAGAUCUAUCGGUGCUGAAGCUAGACUAGUUUUGGAUACUACAGAUCAUGUCUGGACAGAAGUUUACUCUGAGCAUCACCAGCGUUGGAUCCAUUGCGACCCGUGUGAAGAUGCAUUUGAUACCCCUUUGGUGUAUAGUGAAGGAUGGAACAAAAAACUUGCGUACUGCAUUGCCUUUUCACCAAAAGAAGUGGUUGAUGUCACCAAAAGAUACACAAUAAAAUGGGAUGAAACUCUAAAACGACGUACGCUAACAAGUGAAGAAGAUCUAGCGAAGUGUAUUUCAGAUAUAUGUGCUGUAAGACAAAAGGAUCUAAACAACGAAACUCUCGCCAUCCUGAGAGAAAGAAGAGACAUGGAAAAGAAGGAACUCGAGGAAUCGAUUAAACGUACGCAUGUAGAUAUAAGCCAAAUGUCUGGUCGUAAGAGUGGCUCUUUGGAAUGGAGAAUCACGCGAGGAGAAUUUGAUGGUGGCAAUGCAGAGUCAGCAAAUAUUAUGAAGCCAUACCUAACCGAUUAUAAGAUUCAAGCAGAGUACCCUGAUUUCAGUACACUCGAUUUCUUGGGAACAGCCUGCCCUCUUUUAAACGAUCAGUCCUUAGAAUCACAAAACCCAGCCGAAAAAACAAUUAGGCUUACACAGGCAAUACAAAGCCAAUGUGGUGGCGUCUUUUUGAAAAAUACGAUAAACUUAAUAGAUCCACGAGUCAAGGGACUUGAGAUCGAGUUUUCUUUAAGAAUAACAGACGCAGCAGGAGGACCUGCAUAUGGUGGUGCAGAUGGACUUGCUCUUGUCAUACAAGCUCAAAAACACGCACUUUUAGGAAAUGGUGACUCUGGAAUGGGCUAUGAUGGUCUUCGUGACAGUCUGGCCAUUGAAUUCGAUACCUAUAAAAAUGUGGAUAGAUAUAAUGAUCCUUCUGAUAAUCAUAUUAGUGUUCAUGGACGCCUUCCACCUAAUGCCAAUAGCGCGUCUCAUAAUCACUCGCUAGGCCACACUUCCAAAAUUCCGGCACUUAAUGAUGGAAAAUGGAUUGACGUCCGAGCAAGGUUCAUGACAGAGGCGAACAUUGUCGAGGUGUCUUUAAAGCAAAACUCUCAAGACUAUAAUGUCGUUCUAGCCGUCAAGAAUGUGGAGAUCAAUGAAUAUCUCAACCAUAGCUCGGAUAUUGUGAUUGGGUUUUCUGCCGGCACAGGAGGACUGGUACAGAACAAUGAUAUCAAAUUCACUCGAGUGGCUCUUUACCGCUCUUAAUAUUAUUAUUAUUAUUAUUAUUAUUAUUAUUAUUAUUAUUUUAAAGAAGAAGAUUCUAUUGAUAUCAAGUAUAUCUAUAUUGAAAUUGAUGUUUGUAGAAUAUUAAUAAAUUCAAUGAUUGAUAGAUAAGCUUAAAC